AUGCCGACGCGCGCAGAGGGAAAUGGUGGGAGCGGGAAGACGGUGUGCGUCACCGGCGCCGGCGGGUACAUCGCCUCCUGGCUCGUGCAGCUCCUCCUCUCCCGCGGCUACGCCGUCCACGGCACCGUCCGCCACCUCGGCGAGGAGAAGACCGGCCAUCUGAGGCGGUUAGAGAACGCUUCCGAGAACCUCAGGCUCUUCAAGGCCGACCUCCUUGAUUACGACGCAAUGGCAGCUGCCAUCGUGGGAUGCCAGGGAGUUUUCCAUGUCGCCACUCCCGUUCCUUCGGGAAUCUUAACCGAUCCAGAGCUACAAAUGUUGGGCCCUGCUGUUACUGGCACCACGAAUGUGCUCAAGGCCGCCUCUGCCGCCUCUGCCCAGAGAGUCGUCGUCGUGUCAUCCAUGGUCGCCGUCGAGAUCAACCCCAAGGACUGGCCCCAAGGUAAAAUCAGAGAUGAGAGCUGCUGGUCGGACAAAGAAUUUUGCAGGAGCAACGAGAGCUGGUACCCAGUUGCUAAGAUCGCGGCGGAGGCGGCGGCACUCGAGUACGGGCGGGAGACCGGGCUCCGCGUGGUGACUCUGAAUCCGGCGCUGGUGUUCGGUCCCCUGCUCCAGCCGACCAUCAACACGAGCAGCCAGUUCCUCAUCUACUUCCUCAAAGGAGGCCCUGACGAGACGAGGGACAAGCUGUGGCACAUCGUCGACGUCCGCGACGUCGCCGACGCGCUGCUCCUGCUCUACGAGGCGCCCGAGGCCUCGGGCAGGCACAUCUGCGCGCCCCACUUCAUCACCGCCCGGGGGCUGCUGGGCCUGCUCAAGAGCAUGUACCCUGGGUACCCCUGCAUAGCCGAGGAGAGCAUACGUGACAUGGAUCACCCGGCUCCGAUGACCUCCGGGAAGCUGGAGAAGCUGGGGUGGAGCUCCCGGCCACUGAGGGAGACGAUCACGGACACCGUCGAGUUCUGCCGGGAGGCCGGGUUUCUUGAGGACGCGGAUGGUGAUGAUACGCCCUGCCGCUUCCCCCCUCUUCUCAACAAAGUCUAG